AUGCAGUCCGCCCACAGUGUCAGCCUGCCAGCACGCAUUCAUCGCGACGGCCGGCCAACGAAUGAAUGCUUGUGCGUCUAUGUAGAUAGCGUCGUCGACGCCGCCGACUGCGCUGCGCUCGUGGCGCGCGGCGCGCCCGCUCUGAAAUACAUUACGCAAGCCGCGGACAACGAGGCGUCGAAGACGGGCGCGGCCGUGGCACUACAGAACCCGCGCCGCUACCAACUGGCCGCCUGGCGCGAUCCCGGUUUCGCGGAGCGGCUGUGGCAAUCGCUGCUCGCCGGCGGCGGCGGCGCGGCGGUGGCCGCGUGGGCGGCGGCGCGCGGCCUAGGCGAACCCUUUGGCCUCAACGAGCGUUUGAGGCUGCUCCGCUACCGGCCCGGCGACCGCUUCGAAAGUCAUUUUGACCGCGAAGUGCCAACAGACUGUGGUCGUCACCGGUCCCUUGUUACUGUGUUGCUCUAUCUCAACGAUGCGGAUAACUUCGAGGGCGGCGCGACGCUCUACGAGGACACUACGGAAGCGAAACGCUUCGCCGCCGUCGCGCCGGCCCGCGGCCGCGUCGUGCUCUUCGAGCACGACCUAUGGCAUAGCGGUGCUCCUGUCGUCGCCGGCACCAAGUUGGUCUUGCGGACCGAUGUGCUCUUCGAAGCCGCCGCACCCAAGCCGCCGCCCGCACCUGCUCCACGCGACCGGGCGAAGGGCGUUCGGGGCCUCGCCGACGCCGUCGCCCCUGACUUAUCGGACGCGCUCGACGCCAUCGGCCUCCUGGAUUGCGGCGUCGAGGCGCUGCUGGCACCAGGCCGCGCGGCUUACGCCGCGAUGCUUGCCGACGCCCCCGACGGCCAGGUCGACCGGCUCUGGGCCGCCGCCGUCGCCGAGGCGAGCGCGCUGCCCGUCGCGCCGGCGAACACUCGUGCGGUUGUUACGUAA